AUGCAGGAGGCUUUGGAUGAGUUUACUUCUCUGCAUGAAGCGCUGCUGAAGCAGGAAGCACGCGCAGAAGAAGAGGAACUUGAACACCUGCUGCGGACGCUGCCCCUGGGGGAGCUCGCAGCAGCCGGGCUGGCGUUUCCCCGUCUUUUCGGCCGCACCAUCGUCACCUUCACAUCGAAGCGGGCGGUGCUGCAGCGGGUGCAUGCUGCUGCUGCAGCAGCAGCAGCAGGACAGCAGCAGAAGCGUGAGGCAGAGCAGGCGGAGCACAGGCUUUCUCCAGGAGAUAUUGUUGGGGUUUUUCCCUCUGAUCAUCCUAUUACAGGCAGCAGCAGCGCUGCUGCUUCUGGUGUUGUGCAUCGUCUUGUUGUUUCUGGUGUAUGUGUUGCGUUUGAUGAGGCUCGUGAAGCGCAUGCAGCAGCUAUUUCAGCAGCAGUAGCAGCAGCAACUCAGCAGCAGCAGCUGCAGCACGACUGGCAAACUGUGCAGCAGCAGCUGCCUGCAGCUUAUAUAAACUCUCGCUGCCUCUGGGGGCACCCAGCACGCAUAGAUGAACAGCUUACUUCUUUCUGUAUAGAUAAACAAGCAGCACAGAGCGAGGCCUCAGAGGUAGCAGGGGCCCUCAAACAAUCCUUAGAUAAGAGCUUGCAGCAGCUGCGUAAGCUCCAUACAAACCGCCAAUACUACCACCAGCAGCAACAGCAGCAACAGCAGCAGCAGCAGCAGCAGCAGCAGCAGCAGCAGCAGCAGCAGCAGAGGGGAAAAGGAGUGAAACGAGAGCUGCAGGAAGAGAUAGGAAGACUCAGAAAGGAUUUAAAACAACUACAAAAAGCUGCUGUUUUCGAGGCCCUCAGGGGGGCCCCCAUUGUAUUCACAACAUGCGCGGGGGCGGGGCUGCAGCAGCUGCAGCAGCUGGUGCUCGACAGCAGCAGCAGCAGCAGCAGCAGCAGCAGCAGCAGCAAAAGCAGCAGCAAGGAGGGAUUGCCCUUUGAUGUCGUUGUUAUAGAUGAGGCAGCACAGCAGCACGGUGUACAUGCAACAGAUAUUGGGGUGAUCACUCCCUAUACAGCUCAAGCAAAGCUCAUUCGUUCUCUUCUUAAUGAAGCAGCAGCAGAAGUAACUGCAGCAGCAGCAGCAGCAGCAGCAGCAGCAGCAAGAGAACCAGCAGCAGAACCAGCAGCAGGAGAACAACCACCACCAUCACCACCACCACCAUCAUCAUCAUCAUCAUCAGCAGCAGCAGCAGCAGCAGCAGCAGCAGCAGGAGCAGCAGCAGCAGCAGAUCCUCGUGCGCAGCAGCAGCAGCAGCAGCAGCAGCAGCAGCAGCAGCAGCAGCAGCAGCAGCAGGAGGAAGAAGAAGGGGGGGGUAGAGCAUCGAGAUAUAAUAGAGGAGAAGCUGCUGUUGCAUGCAAAUAUGUUUGUUUGCUGCUGCAGCAGCACGGUGUACAUGCAGCAGAUAUUGGGGUGAUCGCUCCCUAUACAGCUCAAGCAAAGCUCAUUCGUUCUCUUCUUAAUGAAGCAGCAGCAGAAGUAACAGCAGCAGCAGCAGCAGCAGCAGCAGCAGCAGCAGCAGCAGCAGCAGAACCAGCAGCACCAAGAGAACCAGCAGCAGGAGAACAACCACCAUCACCAUCACCACAAUCAGCAGCAGCAUCAGCAGCAGCAGCAGCAGCAGCAGCAGCAGCAGCAGCAGAUCCCCGUGAUGUAUGUGUAAAUACAGUCGAUGGGUUUCAAGGGAGAGAAAAAGAAAUAAUAAUAAUAUCUUUCGUUCGCAGCAACAGCAGCAAAAGCAUCGGCUUUCUUAAGGACGCCAGAAGAAUUAAUGUAGCCGUCACCAGAGCAAAGAAGCAUUUGCUGCUUAUUGGGGAUAGCGAUACCAUCACUGAUGUACAUACACCCCAACGCAGCAGCAGCAGCAGCAGCAGCAGCAGCAGCAGCGGGAAGGAGAGCAGCAGCAGCAAGGAGAGCAGCGGGAAGGAGAGCAGCAGCAGCGGGAAGAAGAGCAGCAGCAGCGGGAAGGAGAGCAGCAGCAGCAGCAGCAGCAGCAGCAGCAGCAGCAGCAGCAGCAGCAGCAGCGGGAAGGAGAGCAGCAGCAAGGAGAGCAGCGGGAAGGAGAGCAGCAGCAGCGGGAAGAAGAGCAGCAGCAGCGGGAAGCAGAGCAGCAGCAGCAGCAGCAGCAGUAAAAGUAGCAACAAGAACAACAACAGCAGCAGCAGCAGCAGCAGCAGCAGCAGCAGCAGCAGCAGCAGCAGCAGCAGUGUGAGUAUUCCUGAUGCUCGUGCUGCACUAACUGCUUUAUAUGAAGCAGCAGAUGCUGCUGGCUGUCUUCGUCUUCCUUUUGAGUUUAUAACGGAAGCAGAUAUACCUCCGCCCCCUGCAGCAGCAAACUCUGCAACUAAGCAGCAGCAGCAGCAGCAGCAGCAGCAGCAGCACGGCAGCAGCAGCAGCAGCAGCAAAAGCAGAAGCGGUAAACACAAGAAAGGGCAGACAGCAGCGGCUGCUAGAACUAAACAAGAGGCAAGGGAUUCAACAGCAGCAGCAGCAGCAACAGCAGCAGCAGCAGCAGGAGCAGCAGCAGCAUCAGCUGCUGCAGCAGCAAGUGCAGAGCAGCAGGAGAAGCAGACUGGGGAUUCUUCCUCUUCGGCAGCGCAGCAGCAGCAGCAGCAGCAGCAGCAGCAACAGCAGCAGCGGCAGCAACGGCAGCAGCAGCAGAAACAGAAGCAGCAGCAGCAGCAGCGGCAGCAGCAGCAGCAGCAGAGCGAAGCAAACGAGGCGGUGUCUUGCACAGAAGAAGAAUCAAAAGGACCCCAUAAAGAGGCUGCUGCUGCAGUUGCUGCAGACGCUGCUGCAGCAGCAGCAGAAGCAGCAGCAGCAGAAGCAGCAGCAGAAGAAGCAGCAGCAGAAGAAGCAGCAGCAGAAGCAGCAGCAGAAGCAGCAGCAACAGAAGCAGCAGCAGCAGAUAAGGAAACAACAAAAAGAGAAGAAGAGAAGCAACGACCUAGCGAGGCAUCUGAGGCAGCAGCAGCACAAAGAGCAGCAGCAGAAAGACAACCAGCAACAGCAGCAGCAGCAGCAGGAGCUAUGAAGCAGCAGAUGCUGCUGGCUGUCUUCCAGCAAACUCUACAACUAAGCAGCAGCAGCAGCAGCAGCAGCAGCAGCAGCACGGCAGCAGCAGCAGCAGCAGCAGCAAAAGCAGAAGCGGUAAACACAAGAAAGGGCAGACAACAGCUGCCGCUAAAACUAAACAAGAGGCAAGGGAUUCAACAGCAGCAGCAGCAGCAACAGCAGCAGCAGCAGCAGCAGCAGCAGCAGCAGCACCAGCUGCAGCAGCAAGUGCAGAGCAGCAGGAGAAGCAGACUGGGGGUUCUCCCACUUCGGCAGCGCAGCAGCAGCAGCAGCAGCAACAGCAGCAGCGGCAGCAACGGCAGCAGCAGCAGAAACAGAAGCAGCAGCAGCGGCAGCAGCAGCAGCAGCAGCAGCAGAGCGAAGCAAACGAGGCGGUGUCUUGCACAGAAGAAGAAUCAAAGGAACCCCAUAAAGAGGCAGCUGCUGCAGUUGCUGCAGACGCUGCUGCAGCAGCAGCAGCAGCAGCAGCAGCGGAAGCAGCAGCAGAAGAAGCAGCAGCAACAGAAGCAGCAGCAGAAGAAGUAG